UAGGGGCAUAUUGGCAAAGAAACAUUAAUAUCCUGCCACAGUAGCUUUCAAUUGCAUAUAAACCCCAGGAAAUUAUGUUGUCUAUUUUCUGUCUCAUAAAUGAAAUGGCGUUGAGGUUGCAGACUCCAACUCUACCGGUGGCUUCUUUCAAUUACACUGGAAACUCCAAAUCCAGAGUCCUGCAGAAUUUCAGUUCUCAACCAGUGACUAAUGCAAAUAUACGAGGUAGAGAAACAAUAAAGAUGCUGUCUGCACUACCAGAAACAGCAGCUUCUGUUGCAGUUGCUGCUACUAUUGUUGGAGCUGCUGCUUCAUUCCUUGCUAGAAGAACUAAAAGUUCCGAAGUAACUGAGGCCCCUACAAAGAUUUGCGAGGACUGUGGAGGUUCAGGUGUUUGCUCCGAAUGCAAUGGUGAAGGAUUUGUGCUUAAGAGAUUGUCUGACGAAAGCGCUGAAAAAGCAAGAUUGACGGCAAAGAAUAUGGCAACGAGAUACACUGCAGGCCUUCCAAAGAAGUGGAGCUACUGCACAAAGUGCUCAUCUGCUCGCUCCUGUAAUACAUGUGGUGGUAGUGGGAAACUCAGCUACUAGAACUAGUCUUUUCUUAUGAUCUGGUGCUUGUGGUUGUGGCUUCGUUUUUGAUUCAAGUAAGUUUUGCAAUUUGCCUUUAUCCACUAAUAAGAGAACUGAUCUCUCAUUACGGACGUGAAUUCAUUAUUGUAUAUUUCGCUGAUGAUCAUAUACAGGAAAUUCUUUCCAUGCUCUAGCAAAUCUUUGAGAUACAAAUUUCCUAUGGUCA